UUUUAUUCGUGUGUCUUGGCAGUCCUCGCCUCCUUUUCUUCGAUGAAGACGGCCAGAUCAGCGAGCUCUCGCGGCCAGCUCUGCGCUACUAAUCAGAUGGCUCCCCCGUCCAUUGCGCGGCAUGGCCCCGGCGCAUCGACGGCGUGGUACCGCGGCCGGGCGUUUACGCGGCUGCUCCUCGGCGGCGUCCUGUGUCUGCUCGCCCUCGUCUACCUCUCGGCGUCGUCGUCGUCGGCCGCCAGCCGGUUCCGCCAAGCCUCGAGGCCCUACUACCGACCAUGGUCCAGCGGCAGCCACGUCCGUACGCCCAAGCCCAAGGCGGCGUUUGUCGUCCUGGUGCGCGAGCACGAGCUGCACGAUGUGCUCCUCACCCUCAAGGAGAUCCAGGUCGCCUUCAACGACGACGUGGGCACCGGCUACGACUUUGUCUUCCUGUCCGAGACGAAGUUCACCGACUACUUCAAAUCGCGCGUAGAGACGUUCCUGGCCCACCGUCCGACGAAGCCACGCGUCCGCUGGGGCUUCGUCGAAGACAAGGACUGGAAGAUGCCCGAGCACAUCGACUACUACCGCGCGCAGGCGGCCAUGGAAGUCAUGGGCAAGAGCAACCUCAUUCCCUACGGCGGGAGCCAGACCUACCGCCAGAUGUGUCGCUACAUGUCCUACCCCAUCUUUGAGCACCCGCUCGUGAUGGAGUACGACUACUACUGGCGCCUCGAGCCGCACACGCGGCACUUUUGCGACCUCACCUCGGCCUACGAGGACGGCCAGUGGGUCGAGCGCGAUCCGUUCCGCUACAUGCGCGACAACGGGAAAAAGUACGCAUGGGUGCUCUCGCUGCUCGAGUACAAGACGACGGUGCGAACACUGAUGGUCCACGUCCACCGAUGGAGAGACGCGAACAGACACCUGAUCCCAGAGCAAAGCUCCUUUGAUUUCAUCUCCGACGACGGCAAGGCGUACAACCUGUGCCACUUCUGGUCCAACUUUGAGAUUGCCGACCUGUCCUUCUACCGGUCCGAGGCCUACCGCUCCUUCUUCCACUCCCUCGACCGCGCCGGCGGCUUCUUCUACGAGCGUUGGGGCGACGCGCCGGUGCACACGAUCGGCGCCGCGAUGCUGCUGCGGCCCGACGAGAUCUGGAAGGUCGACUAUGCCGGCUACACCCACCCGCCCUACAUGACGUGCCCGCGCGACGCCAAGCUUGCCAGCCGGUGCGCGUGCGACCCCCAGGCCUCGUUUGAGUACGACCGGUCCAACUGCGAGGCCAAGUGGGACAAGAUCCAGGGCAGGAACACGACGGAAAUCAUCCUCGACAUCAAUCGGCAGCGCGGCGUGCCUGAGCAGAACUGGACUAAAGAAAACCCCGUCAGGGUGCUGCCGCCGCAGCGGCUGAUCAAACCGCCGUCGCAAGCGUAGGCAUGACACUGACACACUCUCGUCGAGGAGGUGUGGAUGUGGAGAGAGACUAAUCCAUAAUGAAGCAGUACUAUUGGGACAAAAGCGCAAUGACAAUCUAAUAGAGAAAUGAGAGCGACGAGUGAGCUCAGACGUUGCCUGUGGGAAUCCUAAACAUCUGCUCGGCGAGGCUUCUGAGCUCUUUUGAGGCCUCGUCGUCGCCCGGGUGCGUGCGGAGGGCCUCGAGGAUGGUGUCGUACUGCGCCUCGCUGACGUUGCCCCGCGCAUACAGGUCGAUGCCUGCGUCGGUGAACCAGGUGGCGGUAAAGUAGGUGACGAUCCAGACGGGCUCGCUCGACUGCUCCUGUGCCUGCUCGUCCAGGAAAUUGUCGCUGAAU